GGAGGUGAGGUGGUUCAGUGUUCACUAGAUCAGAGGACGGUUCACCAGAUCAGAGGACGGUUCACCAGAUCAGAGGACGGUUCACCAGAUCAGAGGACGGUUCACCAGAUCAGAGGACGGUUCACCAGGAACACGGAUUACCAUGGAGAGAAAUGCCUUGCUUUGCAUCUUCUUCUUGUUGCUACCACUGGCCUUAACGUCUGCAGACAUACCUGUCCUUAACUCAAUAAAAGACCUCAGGAACAUCGAGUUUGGCCACGGAUUCCCUCGUCAUGGCCUAAUGCUGCUACACUUUGUCUCUGGCGGCAUAUACGUCGAUAACAACGAUGCACUCAUACCAACGUUCUCGCCAGAAAGGGGAGACUGGGGCUUCCAUUACUUUAAUAACAAUGAACACAUUUUUCCACCACUGCAAGAUCAGAACAAUCAGGGUUACUACGCAGUCGGGAAUAUCAACACACGAACAGCAUACCCACUCUAUCCUUAUGUCACUCACAGCUAUUACCUUACCCCAGGAAACUUAGAGAGGAACAUGGACAGGUUAGUUGUCAGAACACACCCCAACAGUCUACUGUUAGAGGCAGUCUACAUAACACAGCACUAUCGAGGAAGCAAUGAGUAUGACCCCAGUAACACCUACCAAAUCAGCUCCGCCCUCCUGCGGGAGAUCAGGACCCUCAGCAAUAACAGGGUGGACAGUGUGCACGCGUUUCUGUACGCUGCCGGCUAUGACGUAGACUCCACAUCCUUCACCCAGAACUGCUUCGCCACUGAUAGCCCAUACAUGGUUGAAGACGCAGGCAGAAUGACUCUGAAUGAGUCCACUGCUAUAAUGAAAGGGGCAGUGGUGAAUGACCACCACACAGAGUGCUAUGCUGUUGUGCUCCAGGUGAAAUCCACAGAAAGUGGGUACGCUCGGCUCGGAUGGGCUAAUGUCCCUGACAGCCUGCUGGAUGAGGGGGUAAUGCUGGCCCUCUUUAUUAAUAACGCUAAAAAUAAUCUUGAAUCUCUCUCUCUUGACAAGCGCAGCUACGGAACCUAUGACACCAACCAAUACCUUAACCACGGCCUACAGGUCAAGCUCCUCUCCAAGGACGGGUCAAAUGUCUUCAUGAGCGGACCUAAGUAUGAUGACGCAGACAGGAAGCUUCCUGUUGGCAUAGAGGGGUAUGACGCCAGUCUGCAGCUCUACACUAAAGACGGCUAUGCUUGCGCUCGCCUGUUCAUCAGUAAGACCUUCACCGAUUGGAAGACUGAUUUCUAUUACUCGUGGGUUGGAUUCUACUCCAAUCACAACGAUGCUAGUAAUUCUUACUCUACUCACCAGUACGCUAUCUAUUUCACUAAGCAGGAUGACACAAACAUAAAAUAUGAUAUAUAUUCGUAUGUGUCUGAUAUGUCCAUUCAACCUGGAGCUCAAGCUCGAUUCUUCCUCACGGAAACAUACGAUGAAAUUCUGGCACAAACUAAACCAUGGGAAAGGUAAAAAGGUGUCUGGAAGAUUGCUGGUAUUAGUAUUAGUGUCUCCAGCCGUGAGCGAGGUACUUUACCCCUCAGACUGUUGAACAAAAACAGUCAUUUAAGGAGAAACCAGCAGAAUCUUACAACACUUGGAAAGAAAUUGGAAAGCAACAGCGUAAAUUUAAAGCACACAACAAAGAACACCUCAGUCAUGUCUCCACCGCUUACACACACCACACCGUCUCCGUGGCGACAGAGCAGCCAAUCACCAUGCUGACGGCAGUAGAGAGCAGACAGGAUUGGGCACAUCUGACCCUUCUGUAACUCAGAGACUGAUUAGACUACUACUAAAAUAUGUUUUGUCUCAGGCAAUAAGAUGGAGAUGUGGGGAGAGAAUGAGUGAAUGAAUCAAAAGGCGUAAAUCAGCAUAAUGCCCUGAGGUAGUUUAUUAACUACCCUAAACUACUAGACCUAUGAUAACUUCAUAACUGCAAUUGAACAAACUACCCUGACCAGACCAAUCAAACACUGAUGUCUGUAAUGUCUACAUGUCAAGUGUUUGUAUUGUCUACUACCGUCAAUUGUGGUACAGUUUUUCUAUGUAAAUUGUAAAUUAUGUUUUGUUGUGUUCAUGGAGCCCAGGAAGAUUAGCUGUCGUCAUAGCGUCAGCUAAUGGGGAUCCCAAUAGAGAUAAAGAUAAAUAACUUUGUGUUAUAUUGAAGGCCAAUUAUCAAGAUUGUUAAUGGAUGGGUAGAUUUGUUUGGGCUGGUUAGACUCACAAUCUAACAACAGAGGAGUAGAGGAGGGCCAGCAGUAUUUUGACUAGGGUUGCAAAAUUCUGGGAACUUUCAAUACAUUUCACAGAAAUAAAUAUAUUUAAAGCAGUGGAGGCUGCUGAGGGGAGGACGGCUGGAAUGGAGUGCAAUGCCUGAAAAUGGAAUGGUAUCAAAACACAUGAAAACCAGGUGUUUGAUACCAUUUCAUUGACUCCAUUCCGGCCAUUAUUAUAAGCCGUCCUCCCCUCAGAAGCCUCCACUCUUUUAAAGAUAACUUACGGUCAAUUUUUUAUUUUCGAUUAACUUGUCUGUCGGCCCUGCAUUAAAGACCAUAAAUAGUUAAGGAAAAUUGUGAUAAAUAAAAACAUAUACCAAUUUCAUUUAAGGACCUAAAAAUUGACAGCUGUGCCGUAUAAAUUGCAAAAUAGUUGGGAAGAGAUUUCCGAUGUACCCAUUCCAUGGCACAUGGUUUAUGAAUUGACACGCGAAACAAUGCCGGAUUCAAAACUUCAAAACAAAUUUUUCAAUUUAAAUUAUUAUUCUUGCAACCAAUAUAAUGUUAUAUAUAUGAGGAUAUAAUCUUCCCAGCGCUGCAGAUUUUGCUGUGAAGAGGCAGAGACAUUAGAUCAUUUAUGGUACUGUCCAUAUGUAGCUAGUUUUUGGUCACAGGUCCAGGAAUGGCUGAAGAAUUGCAACAUUUACCUAGAACUAACGCUGCAGAUAGCAAUACUGGGUGAUUUGAAAAGUCAUAGUCAAUCAAUCAAUAAUAUAAUAGUUUGUCACGUUCUGACCUUAGUAUGAGGUCAUUUUUCCAUAGUAGAUUGGUCAGGGCGUGACAGGGGGGUGUUUUUGUCUAUGUAUUUUGGGUUUUCUGUUAUCUAUGUGGGUUGUCUAGAUUGUCGUUCUAUGUUGUAUUUUCUAUGUUGUGGCCGGGUAUGGUUUCCAAUCAGAGGCAGGUGUUUUAAAUUUGUCUCUGAUUGGAAGCCAUACUUAGGCAGCCUGUUUUUCAUGGGGUUUUGUGGGUGGUUGUUUUCCAUUUCGUUGUUUGUACCUGACGGGACCUUUGGUUGUUUUGUUAGUUUUGCAAAGCGUUUUCAUUAAAAGUAAAUAUGAGCACUUCA